UUAAAGCACUUUAACGCGUCUAUAAAAGAGCGUACUAUUAGCGCCUACUGUCUGCUUAUUAUUAAUAGCUAUAAGAGCUAUAACUCUGUAGAGUUUAAGGAAUACUGCGUAGAACACAAGAUUAUUACCUUAUGUAUGCCCCUACACUUAUUGCACCUGUUACAGCUACUUAACGUGGCCUGUUUUAGCCCCUUAAAGAGGGCGUACUUAAUUAAGUACAGCUCUAAGCAGAUUAAGAAGGAGGCUUUCCUACCAGCCUUUAAAGCAGCUUUUAAGAGGUUAAUUACAAAGGAGAACAUCUGUGUAGGCUUUAGGGGCGCUAGACUAGUUCUACACAACCUAGAGGUGGUGAUAUUAAAGCUUAAUAUAGUCCUUUGUACG